AUGGAUUCUGACGCCGGUUCCACGUGCAGCCGCUCCUCAUCCCCAGACUUGGUGGUGGACGACUCUGCUGAGAGGUUUUUCUCCAACAAGAUGUUCCAUAAAUACUGCCAGGGGGACAGAGCGGACGGGAAGGCGGGACAAGGCAGACCGGAGCUCUGCGGCGAGGCCGACAAGACCAAAAACAGGUCCGAGCCCUCCAAGGACGAGGUGCAGGACUUGAGGCUGAAAGUUAACAGCCGGGAGAGGAAAAGGAUGCAUGAUCUGAACCAGGCGAUGGACGGCCUGAGGGAGGUGAUGCCAUAUGCUCACGGACCUUCUGUCCGCAAGCUGUCAAAAAUCUCCACCUUGCUUUUAGCUCGCAACUACAUCCUCAUGCUGUCCAGCUCCCUGGAGGAAAUGAAGAAACUAGUUGGGGAGGUGUAUGGCGGCGGUGCUGCACAGAGCCGCUCUGCUCCUCAUCCCACCAUUGCCCCUGCAGCCCCGUCUGCCCACCUCCCUCUGCACCCUCUGUCCCAGUCCCUCCACUCUCUGGUCAGCGGCGUUCCCACUGCUCUUCAGCAUCACUCGUCUGCGCCCUCAUCAGCUCCAGCGCCGCACUCUCCUCCGUCCGCCAGCUUCCUGGGCUUUCAUGCCCCGGUCUCAGGCCUCCUGAAGGACCCACUUCACCUGAGCGGCUCCUACAGGCAUUUCCCUGGAAUGCCCUGUCCAUGCGCACUGUGCCAGCCUCUCCCCACCACCACAGCCACCUUACACAGCCUCUCCAUGAGCAAGUAAGCUGGACUCUGAGAAACUGACUGGUUUGACUAGUGUGUAGUCAACCAAAACUGUACAUAAAUGAUGGGACUGCUGGCUGGUGCCAGAACUUGUAAAUAUUGCACAUAAAA